AGAAUUUCUGUGGGACGUAGCGCUGGCUCGGCCCUCGCGCUAACUGUGGAGGUGGAGUCGCCUCACUUCGGCGUUCAGUUUGAGGAGGAGGGGAAGGUUGCGCCGCCGCCAAUACAGCAAUGACGUUCAAGCGGAGUCGAGAUCGUUUCUACAGCACCCGCUGCUGUGGUUGUUGUCAUGUCCGCACCGGUACUAUCAUUUUGGGGACCUGGUAUAUGGUGGUGAAUUUGUUGAUGGGCAUUUUACUGACAAUUGAAGUGACUCAUCCUAAUACUGUGCCAUCUGUAGAUAUCCAGUAUGAGGUUUUUGGAAACUAUUAUUCCUCUGAGAGGGUUGCUGAAAAUGCCUGUGUUCUCUUUGCCAUCUCGCUCCUCAUGUUUACAAUCAGUGCUAUGUUGGUAUAUGGAGCAAUUACUCAUCGUGUCAGUUGGCUGAUUCCAUUCUUUUGUUACCAGCUUUUUGACUUUGUUCUCAGCUGUCUCAUGGCUAUAAGUUCUCUGACUUAUUUGCCAAGAAUAAAAGAGUACCUGGAUCAACUACCAGAAUUCCCAUACAAAGAUCACCUCCUUGCUCUUGAUUCAAGCUGUCUUCUGUUCUUUGUUCUGUUGUUCUUUGUCUGGUUCAUUCUUUUAAAGGCCUAUCUAAUUAAUUGUGUCUGGAACUGCUAUAAAUACAUUUGCAAUAGAAAUGUGCCUGAGAUAGCAGUCUACCCAGCAUUUGAAGCACCCCCACAGUAUGUUUUGCCAUCUUACGAAAUGGCAGUGAAAAUGCCAGAAAAGGAAUCGCCACCUCCUUAUAUUCCUGCCUGAAGCAGUCAAACUUGUAGCAAAACAACUGUACUAGCUUCAAUUUUUAUAUUGUAAGAUUGCUUAAAUAUUCAGGGUUUUAGGAGCAACCAUAUGAGGUUGAGAGGCAUUUGAUAUAACCUUACUAAACAAAAUUCAUAAGGGAGCGAUUUUUCUCCCUCUUGCUAGAUUUAAUUUUAUUGAUGCCGUGGGCUUAAUUUUGCAAAUAUUUCUGCUUCUGUAUACAACUCCAGUUGUAUGUAUUUGUUACUUCAUUUUACUUCAAGAAGUAAGUUUAGUUCUGGAGAUUAACAUUUAGAAAAUCAGCCAUUUUACAAAUAUAGAUUAGUUCCAAAGGACCAUCAUAUCAGAUGGCAAGAUUUUUUUCUUAUUUUUCCUUUAGUGCGGGAAAAUGAUUUCAUAUGUGAUACACUAUUGCAUAUAUGUAUUUACCUGAAACUUUUUAUGUUAUAUUAGUUUUUACUGUGUUAUCCCUAUGCCUUGAAACACUAUUUUCUAAAAGCCUAAAGUUGGAAUUGUUUGACAUUUUUGCCAUAUGGUGUGAAUACCAGAAAAGGAAACACAAAAGCUACAUUUGUCAUUUGCUUGCUUCAAAUCGGUAUGUAUUUUCAUCUUUGUUUAUAAAUGACACUUUAAUAAAUCUUUAAGAAAAUAA